GCUCCAACCCACAGCUCUGAACCCUACGGUCUUUGUCAUAAAUUCUUCACAAUACUUUUUCGUUUCUCUAUAGUUAUGGCGGAAGCACCUCGUGUUACCGGCCUGUCGCCUAACCAGGGACCCCCUGGGACCCGCGUUACUAUCCGCGGUCAGAAUCUCGGUCAUAAUGCUUCGGAUGUAGUCGAUUUGACUAUUUGCGGAUAUAAUUGUGUGUCAUGGGCUGAAUGGAAAUCGCCAAUGAAGAUCUUAUGUCGUACCGGCCCUGGUGUGGGCAAAGGCGAAAUUAUAGUUACCACUCGUUCUGGUGGAGAGGGCACGUGCACUGUCACUUUUCGUGGUUACAUGGAGAAGAUUGGACCUACUGAAGUGUCUGCCGUCUGGAUAGAUGAACCUGAUCUAGAAGGCAAAGACAAACUGCACAUGUUGAAACCAAGAGACCCUCUUGGAUAUGACCAUGUUUUAGAGAUUCCGUCAACAGAAGAUGAGUUGGAAGAACUGUAUCCUGACGGUACUGGUGAACUCACAUCAGAGAACUUUAUUGCCGCAUGGUAUUUGUUAGAAUACCACAGGAAUACAAGCUUUUCCGAACUGCAAGAAGGUUUGAAACAUUUGAGACAUGAAGUGGCACAGAGAAAACGAGGUCCAAUUGCUUUUGUGAAGCGAAACAUCAACACGUUUAUUGACUGUCAUGACACGCUCACUGCUGUACAUCAAAUGUUAUUGGAGAGUGAGAGUAAAAGUGAAGGAGGCUCAAUUACCUACAAACUAGAGACAAUAGUUGAAGAGGCUGGGGACAGUGCCGACAAACUGUUUGCCACUGUGCUACGACGUAAAGAUCGUGCUGAUGCAACAAGAAAUGCUUUAAGUGUUCUCCAGCGAUUUCGUUACUUCUUUAGUCUCCCACGCACAAUUGAAAGGAAUAUAGAACAGGAAGAAUAUGAAGUUGUUAUUAAUGGAUACGAGAAUGCAAAGUCAUUGAUCCAAGACAAAGAAGUGCAAGCUUUCAAAAGAGUUUUGGAAGAAGUGGAGAGUUUGGUAGGGAAGUGUCGAGACAAGCUGAGAAUGAAACUCGAGGAAAAUCCUUCAACACUAGGUGAACGGAAAAGGCUGAUAAGGUACAUGGUUGAGUUGGGGUGUGAAGGCAACCCAGCAUGGGACUGUCUUCUCAGUCAACAUCGUUGGAUUACAAAACUGAUAGAAAAAUGCAAGACUGAUUACCAACCUCAAAAAGAUGAACGUGCUGCUACUGACGAUGGAGAGACAGGAACACACGGAAGAGCUCAUGCAAUGUCGUUCAACAGCACUGGCUCAAAAGGAUCAGGUUCUGGAUCUCUCAGUCCUCAACGAAUGCUCAGUUUUAGCAGAGGCUCUUCACUUGGUAGGACAGGCUCAGCUAUUUGGUGCAAAGUUGAGAGCUCAAUGCCAAUACGUAUUCAGUUUAUUGAAGAAUUGUGUGACCUCAUGUCUGCUCCUCAAAGUAUUCCAGACUUAUGGCAACUGGCACAGGCAUACUUUUCAGAAAACUUAGUUGAAAAUCUCAUUGUAACUGCAGACACAUUGCAAGAACAAGAAGAGAAAUGCAACUCAAUGUUGCAAUCUCUUCUAAACUACUUUGCCGACCUCCUACGACUGACAUUUUUUCCUACAUACUGGGAUGAAAUGUCAGAAGAUCAACAUGCACAACUUGGCUCAUGGACACCAUUUAAAGAAACAAAGCAGGAAGCAGCUGGUGCUUGGCUUCCGUUUUGUGUAAGACACGUCAGAUCUUGCUUCAGCUCUCUGUCUCGGCUUCAGCUCCCUCGUGAAGUGUUAAAUUCUUUCAGACAGUUCGUAGUUGACUUGAGACUGCAUUGCACAAAAAGACUGUUCGAACAAUCUAUUAAAGACAUCAAUGGCUUGAAAGCCAGAGAAGAUUGGCAUACUGAGAUUGACGAGUGUGGAUGCAUUACCAGUUUGCCUGUACUGUUUGAAAACAUUUGUAUGGAAGUAUUACUUGGAGUUAAGGAAGUGGUGAUUGACAGCAAACCAGGAGAAAAUUCACGUUCCUAUCAUGUGCAGGCAUUACAAAGAGAGGCUGCAGAGCAACUGACAGAAUGCUUUCAUGUGUUUGUUGAUGUGCUUGAUGCCUUGGCAUUUUAUCAGGAAAGUGGGGGGCCAACACACAGCACAGUGGAGUGA